AUGAGCGUCAGUAACGCAGUUCACGCCGCAGUGUUACUGGGUUGUGUUAUGAUUUGCAGUACGGUGCUAUGUCCCGUCGGUGCCUACCUCUACAACAAUCGCUAUGCAGGAGAUCAAGUCUUGAGAAUAACACCCAGGAAUGAGGAAGAGGUUCAAGUGCUCAGGCGACUGUUUCAAAACAUGAGCGUGGAUCUUUGGCAGCCCAACAGCGCGUCUUUGAUCCACGAGGGCAGAGCAGUGGAUGUGCACACGGGGCAGAAUGGGACAGCAGGACUAAAGGCUCGUCUUCGACAGGAACACAUCCAGCACUCGGUUCUUAUCUCCAAUCUACAAGAGGAAAUUGAGAAACAGACAGGAUAUCGGUCCUCACGGAAACGACGGUCCGAAUUCCAGUAUGAUUACGAGGUGUACCAUUCCAUGGAAGAGAUCCAGAGUUGGAUGUUUGAAAUGAAUAGGACACACCCACACAUGCUGGACAUGUUCUCCAUUGGGCGGUCGUAUGAGGGUCGACCUCUUUACGUGCUUCAGUUAGGAAAGAGAACACGGACAUACAAGAAAGCAGUAUGGAUUGACUGUGGAGUUCAUGCGCGAGAAUGGAUCGGCCCAGCCUUCUGCCAGUGGUUUGUCAAAGAAGCACUGAACUCCUAUCGUCAUGAUUCCAGUAUGAGACGACUGAUCAAUCAAUUAACUUUCUAUGUGAUGCCCGUGUUCAACGUGGACGGCUAUCAUUACAGCUGGAAAGUGGACCGCUUUUGGAGGAAAACACGCUCCAAAAAUGCCAAGUACCAUUGUCGUGGUGUAGAUGCCAACCGGAAUUGGAAAGUGAAGUGGUGUGAGGAGGGGGCUUCUUCCCAUCCGUGUGAUGAUACAUACUGUGGACCCUACCCUGAGUCUGAGCCAGAGGUGAAGGCUGUCGCUAAGUUCCUACGCAAACACAAGAGACGCGUUAAGGCCUAUAUAUCAAUCCACGCCUAUGCCCAGAUGCUCCUUUAUCCGUAUUCCUACAAAUAUGCCACUAUCCCCAACUUUAACUGUGUGGAAACAGCUGCCCAGAACGCCGUAUCUGCACUUUAUUCAGCGUAUGGAGUGAGAUACAGAUAUGGACCUGCCUCCACAACUCUUUAUGUGAGCUCUGGAAGCUCUAUUGACUGGGCCUAUAAGACUGGGAUUCCUUAUGCUUUUGCCUUUGAGCUGCGUGACACGGGCUACUUUGGUUUCCUGCUGCCUGAGACUUUGAUUAAUCCCACCUGCACGGAGACCAUGAGGGCAGUGAGAGCCAUCGCCUCUGGCCUGCUGAAAAAGUGCAGGGACUGA